AUGAAUAGUUAUUAAUACAACAAUGCUUUAUUUACAGUUUAAGUCACAAGAAAACAUUUCUUCUCUGAUAAGAUCUACUAACUUUACUUAUUUCAAGAUGAAAUUGUAAUGACAGAUGUAUGCUCCAUUUGUAAUAUAGAAUACAUUACGAUAGCCCAAAUAUGUAAUUAAAUUAAAUUUAACUACUACAAUCAAUUGGAUUGUUUAAGACAAUAAAAUCUUAGCAUUCUCUUUUGCUUAUCAAAAUACUGUUAAACCUUUUUAUGCUCCAAAAUUACAACUUCUAAAAGAAAUGAUUGCUGGAAGAGUAUUUUAUACUUCGAUUACAGAAUUUUAUUAAAUUUAAAUGGUUGUAGGUAAUGGAAUGUCAGGAGAAGUAUAUAAUUAUGUAUAAUCAUUUAGGUUUACAGAUGUGUUUCUAACACUGGAGAUUAUUUUGCUGUUAAAAAAUGUGAAAAACUAAAAUUAGCAUAACAUGAAGGAGGAAUAGUAAAUAUAAAUUAAAUUACUUUAGCCUUAAUUAAUUCAUGAACUCUCUUUACUGUAAUCUCUCUAACAUCCUAAUAUUUUGAAACUCAAAGAAGUAUAUACUGAUUAAUCACAUUAUUAUAUUGUGACAGAAUUUAUUGAAGGUAGAGCUUUAAGUACUGAAUUAUUAUCUAGACCAUAUGGAUUAAGUAUUGCUGAAACUAUUAAAAUUAUGCUUUAAAUUCUAGAUGCUCUCAUUUACAUUUCUGAAAGAGGAAUUAUGCAUAGAGAUAUUAAUCCUCAUAAUAUUAUGAAAACAGAUCCUGUUAAAUUAAUUGAUUUUGGUCUCGCUAGAAAAAUUAAAAAUCAAUUAAUAUUCCCUACUUCUGGUACUCCUGGAUAUAUUGCUCCUGAAAUUAUUAAUUUUAAUAAAGAUAAAUUAUAUGAUGAUAGAGCUGAUAUUUACAGUUUAGGUUGUGUUCUUUACAAAUUGUAAGUAUCUCUUUUUUACUUUUAGGUUAACUGGAGAAAAUCUUUUUCAUAAAACUAAAAAUAUUUUCCAAGAAAAUAAAGAAGGUAUCUAUGAAUUAAGAAAAAAUCCAUAACAUCCUGAAAUUAAUUCUAUCAAAAUGGAAUAAUUAUUUGUUUUAUUACCUUAUAUGUUAGAAAAUGAACCUAAUAAUAGAUUGACAGCUAAAGUAUGUAAAAUUGUUAUUUAAGAAAUUGAUAAUAACAAUUAAUAAAUUGAAAAAUUAAUCAAGAAAUUAAUCAUCUUUAAAUUUUUUUAACUUAGUACAGAAGAAACACAUAAUGAAAAUAAAACUCCAUAUAGUAUGUCCUCUCAUAGUCAUAAAAAUAAAAAAUAAUCAAUGGAUUUUCCUAAAAAAUCUGAUGAAAAUUCAAUAAAAGGACAUAAAAAAUAAUAAUAAACAAUGGGGAAUCUAAAUUCUAGUUUCUAUACUAAAAAAUGA